AUGGAUUCCCAAAUUGCAAAGAAAAAUCAAAGCCUCACAACAGCUGAGGAGAUGAGGAACCAAACCAAGCUUGUGAUGCAGCCGUAUGCUAACUGGGAGGAGUAUCUGACUCCUGCUCCACUCUCCAUAGCCAUCCUGGGAGAGCUGGUCUUCAUCUCCUCCAAAACUGAUUUCUCUAUCAACAAGAACCCACCUAAAGGUGGCUACAAGUUCAUCAGAUACCCAGAUUCAUUUCGUGCCUGCCUCAUGCAGGUGUGUAACUCAGGCUGGUGGGCUUUCAAUGAGGCCCAUAAGAACAUGGAUCAGAUUAGACUCCACACCAUGACAGUUCCAGAUUACAUGAAGAUGGCUGUGAAGAUCCUGUUCCAAGGCAAUGAUGAGGUUGUUGAAGCCCACCUCCCUGACCAGCUGGAGAACAUCCGUGUCAUUGCAGAUGAUUGUCUUGAGCUGGCCACUUCAACAGAAAAGAAGUUCAUUGAUUACCAUUACAACAUUAUCAUGGAACUGCUGAAAGCAUAUGUAAAUGCUGCGCACUUUUAUGGAGAGGAGCUGGAUGCCAUCAAGAAGAAACUGGAUGAGGCCAAGCUGAGGAAACGGUCAUCAGAGAACGCCAGGUUCCGCAUAGAGCAGAGCCGUGCUCAACUGGACAAGACCAGAGACAUGUAUGGGAAGAGUGUGGAGAACAUGGAGAAGAACCAAAAGGAGCUGACUGAAAUCCUGAUCACCAUGAGGAACUGUGAGGUCAAAGAGAUAGACUUUAACACCACUAUACAAAUGCUGGUUAAGGGUAUGGAUGCCAUGGGGAGAGUGAAGGAGCAGUGGGAGAAGAUGGUGCACUUCUUUCAGAUGGUGUCCAACAUUGUGAAAAUCAGUCUGAACAGAACCCUUAAAGAUUUUGUCUCCACAUCUGAGAAGACACAGAAACUUUCCUACAAUGGAAAGCUCUUCUCCAAAGAUCUGCUCUACAAUCAAGCCUUUCAAGCCUCUAACAUCGCCAGCCUUGUCAACAUGAUCUCUACAACCUACACUGAGGUGUCCACCAAGCACCUCAUGGAUCGUGUCAGCUCUCUGGGAAAACUGAUGGCCAUGGACAAGGAAAAGCCAGAGUUUCAGUCAGAGGUGGAGCAGUUACGGAACUCCUGUGAUGGGGCUCAGAGAGCCAUCUUAGCUCUUGUCCUCAAGAACAAGAAAGAGUUUGAAGGGAAGAGUGAUGCAAGACUGGAGAAGAUUGAUAAAGAGUUGCUCGCCAUUCUCCCUGCUGCUUCUCCAGAAGAGAUGAAGAGCAUUCAAGCAGCUGUUAAAAGUGGAUUCACAGAGAAUGAGGAAGCAGCUUAUGCCUGAGUGAAUGAACAAAAGUUCUCUACAAUUAUAUCCAAUAAAGCACCUAAAAUAUAAAACAAGUGCAUUAUAGUGUAAUUAACUGUUACUACUCAGGCUUCUUAUUUUACAUAAUCAUACAGUGCUAAUUUCUUG